AUGGCCGCCGCAGGAGGAGCUGCAUCUAUAAUUACUCAAGUACAACAAACAGGUGGAGGCCCGCUGAAUGCGCUUGGAGAUAUUGGGGGCGAUGAGCAUAUCACGUUAGAUUUACGUGGUACACGAUUUACACUGUCGCGCGAUGAACUACUCACUCUACCGGAAUUCGUUCUUCUUUCCUUAUUCCCGAAUGGGCUCCUUCCUGAUGGGCAUAUGGGGACGUUCCAUGAAGGUGAUGUAUACCCUGUCGACUACGACCCAGCUUCCCUUCAAUACAUGUUAGAUUUCUUCCGCUCUGUGGCGCAGUCAAUUCCCUCAUCCUCUCCAUCCCCAACCACGUCGCCUGAAGGAGAUUACGCCAUGGACCCAAUGCAUGGGUCCACGAGGGAUAUGUUGCAGGGCCGUGCGGGUAUCAUCGUGCUACGCGAAGACCUUGACUUCUACGCAAUACCGCCAGUAGUCGAUAUCGACCAUCCAGAGAUGAUCGAAGUGAAACGAGCCGCUGGGAGGGCCUUGUUGAAACAGGACGGGAUCUUCUCGGGACUCCGAAAAAGCGACGAGCCCGGAUCUACUGAACAGCAUCUGAUUGAGAUGUUGACCGCUGGCGGUUUCAACCAUGACGACCGAUGGGGCCAUCGUGCAGGCGAACCGAACAAAGCAGUAAUAUGUAGCCUGGCACUGGCGAAGCUCCGGACUGACAUACGGGGCGACCUGGCCAAUAAUAAUGCCGUCGGCAUGGCACAGAAAUUGCUCCUUUUCUGGCGGAAACCGGCACGACGGUGCUGGUGGGAAGGGGUGGAGCUUGAAGGUGUAGAGGGAGUCGAGGGAAAACUCAAGGUUUGGAUCCGCCGGGUGUGGACGCUUGAAAUGAGCGUCAUUGGACUGCGUUGAUGGACGAAACUUGGAAUCUAUGAACGCACAAUAUCGUCUCUCUCGUGUUCAAAUUCGAUUAUUGCUUGAAGCUGCACUGUUUUUCCUAUGGUUUUGUUUUCUGAACCUCCGGCAUGCCUAAUUCGUUGUACUCAUAUCAAGUCUGCCCUUGAGUUUGGUAUCUUUUCAUUUGCAUGUUGACAGCAUGAUUUCCCUAACGUUCGAGGCUGGUUCUUUCUCCUAGCUGAUCUCCUUCACUCUUCCAUUGUGCCUAGAUACUGAAACUUCGUUAAAUGUUGUGUCCUGUAUCCCUUACA